AUGAACUCGGGACCAGGGAAGGCCUUCUCGGAUCAGCGCCUUGACAGUUCCAAGGAGUGGAAACAAUUGGGACCCGGUCAUGGGCACUGGAACACUGGAGCACUGGAGCACUCGAAAGGGAGAGAGCAGUCCGAGUCCUCCGUAAGUGCCACGCUAUCGAAACCGGUGGCCACGCCUCGCGGGCCUGAGACCGUCGCCCAUCGCCCUCUAAACUCCACGCACCCACUUGUCCGCAUCAUCGAUCUCGUCCGUCGGGUCCAUUCUGCUCGCUCGUUGGACCAAAUCCCGCCUGAAGUUGAUUUCUCUCUCUCUCCCCUUCUCCCCCUCAUCAGGUCCUCCGGACUCUCGGAUUGUCAGGAUGUAUCCUACCGAUCUCCCGACGCCUCCCAUGUCACCGUCCCUCGCUGCUAUGCCCCCGAGGAUCGUCUCGGAUUCAUCUUGGCGGGCUGGCUGGAGUUGGAAAGUGUUCUGGGCGUGGGUGCGUAUGGAGUCGUCUACACCGCCGUCGACAUUCACACCCGCAGCCGCUACGCCGUCAAGGCCCUGAACAAGUCCGGGCUGGAUUCCCGACAACUCAGCUACCAACAACGAGAGAUUCGACUUCACCAUCAGGCCAGUGCCCAUCCCAACGUGGUCUCCCUGGUACGCAUCAUGGAUUCCGUGGACUGCACCUACGUCGUGAUGGAGUACUGUCCCGAAGGGGACUUGUUCUCUAACAUCACGGAAAAGGGCCACUUUGUCGGAAAUGACCUGCUUGCCAAGCAGAUUUUUGUCCAGCUUCUGGAUGCUGUGCAGUUUUGUCACUCCGUGGGCAUUUAUCACCGGGAUCUCAAGCCGGAGAAUGUCCUGGUGACGGAUCAAGGCGCCACGGUCAAGCUCGCGGAUUUUGGCCUUGCGACCGAGGAUUACUAUACCUCGGACUUUGGAUGCGGUUCCACGUUUUACAUGUCGCCUGAGUGUCAACAAUCUCACCCACGCCCCAUGUCAUGCUAUGUCUCACCGGCCAACGACGUCUGGAGUCUGGGCGUCAUGCUGGUGAACUUGACCUGUGGUCGUAAUCCCUGGAAGCGCGCUUCGCUCGAGGACUCCACGUAUCGGGCCUACCUCAAGGAUCCCUUCUUCCUCAAGUCCAUUCUGCCCCUGUCUACCGAUAUGGUUCACAUCUUGGGCCGUGUCUUUGAACGCGACCCUGUCCAGAGGAUCACGAUUCCGGAGCUGCGCCAACUCAUCCUGGAUUGCCCCCGGCUCACCGAGUCGGUCCCAACCCCGGAACCGACGCCGCUGCCUUCUCCGGCCGCGGCGCUUCAUGGCGUUGAACCCAUCUUCCCGGUGUGGGAUCGACUUCAAGCUCUUGCGGCGCCUGCUCAACAGGUGCCAUACACGAUGCCCUUCGAUUUGGUCCACCCGCAGUUCCCCAUGCAUGCUCAGCCCUCUGGAUCCUCUUCCGAUUCUUCUUACUACUCGGACUUUUCCGACUCUGCACACUCCGAUGCGUCGGCCUUGACCGCGGACUAUUCAGACUAUUCGGAUUAUGGCUGUAUGUCGCCGGACUUUGUGGAGCAGAUGUCCUAUCCAAACUGCAAACCCGCUGGCACGCAACAACCGCCGCUGAUCGGCUCAUUCUCCUCUAUGGCGCCCAUUCAAGUCCGCUGA